GUGCUUCAAUGUAUGCAUAGGAAUCUUUUCUCAAAUGUACUAAGCUGAUUUGGGUUUGGUCCCUCAGUCAGUUUAGUCGAACCGCAGCAUUCGAUCCGACGACGUCAGCUGCCGGACUACUUAAAAAUUAAAUUUUUCUUUCCCUAGAAUUUAAUUUUCCUAAACCAUAAGCAUGUCCGAUGAAGAGGAAUACACCUCUGAAGAAGAGGAGGAGGUCGUCGAGACUGUUGAGACGUAAAACUACUGUUAAGACCGAAGGUGAGGGAGAUCCAGAGUUCAUCAAGCGUCAAGAUCAAAAGCGUUCAGAUCUCGAUGAGCAGUUGAAGGAAUACAUCUCAGAAUGGCGCAAACAACGAGCUCGCGAAGAAGACGAGCUCAAGCGUCUCAAGGAGAAGCAAGCCAAGCGUAAGGUCACUCGUGCUGAGGAAGAACGCAAGAUGGCCCAACGCAAGAAGGAAGAGGAGGAGCGUCGUGUUCGAGAAAUCGAAGAGAAGAAACAGCGCGAUAUUGAGGAGAAGAGGCAACGUCUCGAAGAAGCUGAACGUAAGCGUCAAGCUAUGGUCCAAGCCAUGAAGGACAAGGACAAGAAGGGACCAAACUUCACCAUCGCCAAGAAGGACGCCAGCGUGCUUGGUUUGUCAUCAGCUGCUAUGGAACGUAACAAGACCAAGGAACAACUUGAAGAAGAGAAGAAAAUCUCUUUGUCGUUCCGUAUUAAGCCCCUUGACAUCGAGAACCUCAGCGAAGACAAGCUCCGACAAAAGGCCCAAGAACUCUGGGAAGCUAUUGUCAAAUUGGAAACUGAAAAGUAUGACUUGGAAGAAAGGCAAAAGCGUCAAGACUACGAUUUGAAAGAAUUGAAAGAAAGACAAAAGCAGCAGCUCAGGCACAAAGCCUUGAAGAAAGGUUUGGACCCUGAAGCUCUUACUGGAAAAUACCCGCCUAAAAUCCAAGUCGCCUCCAAAUAUGAACGACGUGUAGAUACCCGUUCAUACGAUGACAAGAAGAAACUCUUCGAAGGUGGAUAUGAAACACUAUACAAAGAAACAGCUGAAAAAAGGUGGCAGCAAAGACAUGAACGUUUUAUGCAGCGCACUAGAACCAAGCUACCAAAAUGGUUCGGCGAACGACCAGGCAGGAAACAAGGAGAUCCAGAAACACCAGAGGGUGAGGAAGAUGUCAAGGCUGAUGAAGACGUCGUCGAAGAUGAGGAAGAGGUAGAGGAAGUUGUUGAGGAAGAGGAAGAAGAGGAGGAGGAAGAAGAGGAAGAAGAAGAGGAGGAGGAAGAGGAAGAAGAAGAGGAAGAAGAAUAAAUCAACCUCUAAACUCUAGCUUAAUUUUUCAAGAAAUCCUACCAACCAUUCGAUCAACAUCUUUCGAAACUUCUAUACGGUUUUAUGACUACUGAUGAUAAACAACAACUAUACAAAAAUAAUUCCUCUAUCUGACUGUGUACCGCCCGUGUCAGUUAUCCAAUUAUAAUUAAGUGUCAUCAGUUAAUUAUAAUUCGUUUCAUUCUUUCAUGUAUUUUUAUUUAAAGCAAAAAAACUGAAAAAUAAAGUAAAUCUUUUAUUAUAAUUAAGUCAAAACAAAUAUAAAAAGUUAUUGUAAA